AGGAACAAAACAUCUUCCCGUUGACCGAAACUGAAUCUUCCCGAGAUAUUUUUUUCUUUCUUACAAUGUCGGAAACAGGUUUAACGGUUCUGGACGGAACCCAUCUCCGGUCGCUCAAUCCCGCUUUACCUGAACUUAACGGCGCCGUCAGUGGGUCUCACCUCCUUGAAAUCGCUGACUCCAAAGCCUCUAGCUCUAUCUUUGGCCUCUCAUUACCUCAGAACCUUAAAGCUUCCGCUCUUUCUCGUGUCAUCGCCGGAUCCGAUGAUCAAGAUGAUGACGUCACGUUCCGGCAAGAAGAGUUCGGAAAAGACAAAGCGUCCAAGUUUCUCUCCAAUUACAUAUCUGCCAUUGCUGAUGAGAUGAAAGAUGAUCCAUUAGUGGUGUCAAUAUUGGAUGGGAAUACUUUGAAGAUGUUUAUGGAGGACGAAGAUGAUUACGCUAUGGUGGCAGAGAAUUUGUUUACUGAUAUUGAUAUUGAAGAUAAAGGGAAGAUUUGCAAGAGUGAGAUAAGAAAUGCACUUGUUCAUAUGGGCGUUGAAAUGGGGAUUCCUCCAUUCUCAGAAUUUCCUAUGUUGAAUGACAUCUUGAAAAAGCAUGGGGCUGAGGGGGAAGAAGAACUGGGCCAAGCACAAUUCGCCGAAUUACUUCAGCCAAUUCUGCAGGAAACAGCUGAUGCAUUGUCCGAAAAGCAUGUUGUUGUCAUACAUAACAUCAAGGUUGUCAAUGGUUCUAAGCUAAGAAAGCUCUUGGCAGAUGAGAAGCAACUCAACGAUGUCAUAGAGAGGCUUUCGUUGGAAACAAAGAGCGAAAAAGAUGAGCUACAUAAGACAAAGCUAAUCAGGAGUUACUUAGAGAAACAUGGAGGUGAUCUCGGCUUGCCACCAUCGGAAUCCAACGAAGCUGUUAUUCUUCUCUACAAUGCGGUAUUUUCCGAAAUAGAGAACGAGAAGAGUGUUGCAGGAGCAGAUGAGGAAUUCAGAGAAUUCGUGAAAGGCAUCCUCGAGAAGUUUGCCGAACAGCUCGAAGGUAAUCCCAUCUUUUGUGACCUUGAGAAUUGAGGGAGCCCGAUUCUUCGAGUAACGGAGUCUGUUCAUAGUUAUCCGGCAUUUAGUUCUCUCCAGAGUGGUUAUCAUGUUUAUAAUUAUCUGCCUAUCUAUAUUGUAUACAUGUUGAUGAGGUGUAUGUUGAAACUAGUUUUAUCACCAUUACUGCCACAUACAUUUGAACCACAUUUCGGCAGUAUAUCUAAUGAUUUAGGGCA